AUGUCCUCCCUCACCCGCACCCUCUCCCGUACCCUCUCCCGCACCGUGGUGCGCGCCCCUCUCUCGCGCCCUCUUCCCUCACUCCAACCCAUACUCCCAUCCCUCUCCCAACGCCGCAACGCCUCCUCCAAACACCCUAAAGGCUUCACUCCCCCUUCCCAAUCCGACCUCGCCGAGCUGCGCGAACGCGUCCAAGAUUUCGUGCGUCGCGAAAUCCCCGAGGAAGUUGCCGCGGCCACCGAUAAGUCCAACAACUUCCCCGCGGACAUGUGGCAGAAGCUCGGCGACGCGGGGCUGCUGGGUAUCACGGCCGACGAGGACGUUGGCGGUUUGGGGAUGGGGUACCAGGCGCACUGUGUCGUUAUGGAAGAGCUGUCGCGCGCCAGUGGGUCCAUUGCGCUGAGCUAUGCGGCGCACUCGCAACUGUGUGUAAAUCAGCUGCAGUUGAAUGGGACGGCGGAGCAGAAGGCGAGGUUUUUGCCGGAUUUGAUUGCGGGGCGGAAGGUGGGCGCGUUGGCGAUGUCGGAGAGUGGGAGCGGAAGUGAUGUGGUUAGUAUGAGGACGCGGGCAGUUGAGACGGAGGGAGGGUUCUUGUUGACGGGAAGUAAGAUGUGGAUUACGAAUGGGCCUGAUGCCGACCUCAUAAUUGUCUAUGCAAAGACGAAGCCGGAUGCGGGCAGCAAAGGGAUCACGGCGUUCAUUGUGGACACUCGGGCCGAAGGCUCGAAAGGCUUCGCGGUGCUUCGUAAGCUAGACAAGAUGGGCAUGCGCGGGAGCAACACGGGCGAACUCGUCUUCGACAACGUCUUUGUCCCCCAUUCGCACGUCUUGGGCCCCGUCAACGGCGGCGUGCGCGUGCUGAUGGAAGGUCUGGACCUCGAGCGUCUCGUGCUCAGCGCCGGCCCGCUGGGUCUGAUGCAAGCCGCGCUGGACGUCGCCCUGCCGUAUGCCCACUCCCGCAAGCAGUUUGGCACACCCAUCGGGCAGUUUCAGUUCAUCCAGGGCAAAUUGGCCGAUAUGUACACCAAGUUGCAGGCGUCGCGGUCGUAUACCUAUGCGACGGCGCGCGCGGUCGAUGAGGAUGGUGUUAUCCGGACACAUGACUGCGCCGGCGCUAUUCUGUAUGCCGCGGAGCGCGCGACCGAGUGCGCUCUGGAUUGCAUCCAAAUUCUGGGUGGCAUGGGCUACACGGAAGAUAUGCCUGCUUCGAGGAUUUUGAGGGAUGCUAAGCUGUAUGAGAUUGGUGCUGGCACGUCGGAGGUCAGGAGGAUGGUCAUUGGUCGCGCAUUUAACCGCGAGUAUGCCCAUCUGUCGCAAUGA